AUGCUCUUAUAUAAUAUGCAUCCACUUGUUUUUUGCUUCCUUUCCUCAGCCCUCCGGUUUUCGACAGCGCGUGUACGUUCCCAACACUCGAUCGCCGUCUUCCUGUUUCAAACAGCUUUGUUGCACGAGGCAUGUAAGGUACGUAAAGUUGGAGAAGCCAAAGGAGCUUCUUCAAGUGUUCAGAAAGGUUGUGAGGCCUUUAUAGAAGAAUCAGUUGUUAGACGCGAGCUGUCGGACAACUUCUGUUUCUACAACGAUAAGUAUGACAGCCUGGAAGGAGCUGCGGCUUGGGCGCAGCAGACUCUGAAGGACCAUGCGAAAGACAAGCGCGAGCACCUGUACACCAUGGAGGAACUGGAGGGUGGCAAGACACAUGACGACUUGUGGAAUGCUUCGCAGCAGCAGAUGGUCCAGGAGGGAAAAAUGCAUGGCUUUCUGCGGAUGUACUGGGCCAAGAAGAUCCUUGAGUGGUCGCCAUCUCCAAAGGAGGCUUUGCAGCGAUCCAUUGAAUUGAAUGACCGCUAUGAGCUGGAUGGCAGGGAUCCGAAUGGUUAUGUGGGCUGUAUGUGGAGCAUUUGCGGGGUUCAUGACAUGGGAUGGAAGGAAAGACCCGUCUUCGGCAAGAUUCGUUUCAUGAACUAUGCGGGCUGCAAGAGCUGA